CUGCUCUCUGGGGUCAGAUGGGGUAUUACAACAUCAUACGGUCAGUCACUAUGUCAACUCUGAGACCGGUGUAGUUUUACAAGUUUUGUUUGUGUUCAUUUAACUUAUUCCAUCAUAAUGAUGCGGUCCAUUUUGUUCAUGGCGAUUUUAAUGUCAAUAGCAGCUGCUUAUUAUAUUUAUCUGCCUCUGCCCAGCACUAUAUCAGAGCCAUGGAAACUCAUGUUUAUGGAUGCAAUAUUGCGUGGGGUAAUGCAUGUGAGCUUUUUUGCUCACGAUCUUGGACUGAGUCGACCUUUCGAUGUUGCAAGGUACGCCGCGUCAUGGGACGUAAUACAGGGUCCACAGUCCAUCCCAGCCGUCCGGGUCACAGAUACUUAUUUUGCAGGGGUGGAGGCACAAGUGUUUGAGCCCACAGCAUCAGAUCAGGAGCUGCAUUUGAAAAGAGGUGUGGUCUAUUUCCAUGGAGGUGGAUGGACGCUCGGCAGUGGAAAGAUGCAAACAUAUUUCCUUCAGUGCAGGACUAUGGCUGAACAGUUGGAUGCAGUUGUAAUAUCAAUUGAGUACAGGCUGGCUCCAGAUGCACGUUUCCCAGAUCAGUAUAAUGAAGCCAUGCGGGCCUCAAAACACAUCCUGACAGCCGAGGUGUUGGGUCGGUACAACAUAGACCCAAAAAGAGUGGCUGUGUCAGGUGACAGCGCCGGGGCCAACCUAGCCGCUGCUGUGGUGCAAGAGAUGGCUUUGGACAGUAGCAUUUCUAUUAGGUUCAAAGUUCAGGCCCUUCUCUACCCCGUGCUUCAAGCCCUAGACUUCAACACACCCUCGUACCAGCAGAACGGCAACAUUCCCAUCCUUCACCGUCCACUCAUGGCCCGCUUUUGGCUGGAGUACCUACACGGGGAUCCGAGACUCGUUACAUCUUUGCUGGCAAACAACCACACUGCUCUGAAUCAGAACCAGGAGAUGGCAGCAGCCAAAGCCAAGAUCAACUGGACCAAGCUUCUUCCGGUGGCCUUUCAGAAGAACUAUAAACCAAUGGUUCCGCUUCACGGUGACCCAAAGCUGGUGGAGAAGCUGCCAGGCCUGCUGGAUGUGAGAGCGGCACCUUUACUAGCUGAAACAGAAGUGCUGAAGGCCGUGCCGCCCGCCUACAUCAUGACAUGUGAGCACGACAUCCUGAGAGAUGACGGACUCAUGUACGCCACACGACUGGAAGAAGCCGGAGUCCACGUCACUGUUGAUCACUAUGAAGAUGGUUUCCAUGGAUGCCUUAGUUUUGCUUUCGGGCCCUUUCGAUUCUCUGUGGGGUUUCGAAGUUUUAGGAACUACAUCCGUUGGUUGAAGGAGAACCUCUAGCAGAGCUAAAGUUUUCUAUUGUUAUGUUAAAUAUAUUUAGAUUUUUAAACAUUCUCAAAUGGUUUUUAGAUUUAUAAUGGCAAGCAACAUGUCAAUGCAACUGAUUAUUUGUGAAGAAUUGAAUGGGAAUAAAAGUGCAGUGUUCAGGCCCAAAUAAUGUCAUGCCCAAUUAAUUUUGAAAUAAUGUUUCAAAAACAGUAUUCUAUUGUUUCAGUAGCAGCGGGCUUAAGAUACAGUAGUAUGUAUUAUAUGGAUAAUGCCACAUAAUGCAAGAUGAUCCUGAUUAUAUAAAUAUAAAUAAUUCUGCAGAGUGUGACUAAAAAAGACCAUUUCUGUUUAAAAAUAUAUAUUAUAUAUAUAUAUAUAUAUAUAUAUAUAUAUAUAUAUUAACAGUUAAAAUGCCUUUCUCUUUUUUCCUAAGAGCAGCUGGGAAGACAAGAUAGUUCAUGUCUCAUGUCAAGAUUUGCAGUGGUGUGCAUUUUUGUGUACGCGCACACACAAGCAUGCAAUUGUGCUCUCUGCCCUAGUUUUGUGCAGCUGCAUCUGGGCGUGAAGUCUGCACAGAUGCACAUUACCAUGCCUCAAGGAGUGUAUCUUAAUGAGUAGUACCUUCUGAAUGCAUGCAUUUAUGUCUUUGGGAAAUAAUCCAUUAGUAUUGCUGAUUUUUCACAGUGGAAUCUGUGUAACAGAAAAAAAAGAAUCUGUAAAAUGAUUAAAUGUAAAUACAAUAUAAAUGAAUUAUAAUUAGCAUAAAACCAUAAAAAUCAUGUGCUUUGUCCACAAAAUUAUUUCAGGUUCCACAUUCUCAGGCAUGGAUUACUGUACCCAGGGCUUAGUUUAGGACUGUUUAUACUGUCAGUACAAAUUUCAUAAUUUCACACUUCCAUCACAUUCUACUGUGUAAAAUGGUGUGUUAUAUCAACAUAAUAUUUAUUAAUAUAGUAUAUAUUUGAUGUAUGUAUGAUAUGAUGUCCCAAGAUCAUUAAUUAGAGUAAAGAGAAGAGACAAAUCAGAAAA